UGGGCAAGAUGGCGGAAGGGGAGGACGUGGGAUGGUGGCGGAGUUGGCUGCAGCAGAGCUACCAGACCGUCAAGGAGAAGUCCUCUGAAGCCUUGGAGUUUAUGAAGAGGGACUUGACAGAGUUUACCCAAGUAGUACAGCAUGACACAGCCUGCACCAUCGCAGCCACAGCCAGUGUGGUUAAGGAGAAACUGGCUACUGAAGGCACCUCCGGAGCAACAGAGAAAAUGAAGAAGGGACUGUCUGACUUCCUAGGGGUGAUCUCUGACACCUUUGCUCCCUCACCAGACAAAACUAUUGACUGUGAUGUCAUUACCCUGAUGGGUACACCUUCUGGCACAGCUGAACCCUAUGAUGGCACCAAGGCUCGCCUCUAUAGCCUGCAGUCUGACCUGGCAACCUACUGCAAUGAACCAUAUGGGCCCCCGGAAUUAUUUGAUGCCUGGCUUUCCCAGUUCUGCUUGGAGGAGAAGAAGGGGGAGAUCUCAGAGCUCCUUGUAGAAAGCCCCUCCAUCCGGGCCCUCUCCAAGAUGGUCCCAGCAGCUGUCUCCCACUUCGAAUUCUGGCAUCGGUAUUUCUAUAAAGUCCAUCAGCUGGAACAGGAACAAGCACGGAGGGAGGCCCUGAAACAGCGGGCAGAACAAAGCGUCUCUGAAGAACCUGGCUGGGAGGAAGAGGAAGUCCCGGAGACUGAACCCAGGACCUCAAACCUGCAAGAGGAGCCUGUGGGCAUGUCCCCCACAUCUCCAAUAGAAGCAAAAGUUCCUAGUACCAGGACUCCCUCAUCCCUCAAAGGAGAAGGACCUGGUUCCCAGAGCCCCUGUGAGGAAACACUGGUGCGCUCAGGUGAGCCUCCAGCAGAGGUGACUCCUUCAGAGAGCAGCGAGAGUGUCUCCCUCGUGACGCAGGUGGCCAAUCCUCCCCCUGCCCCUGAGGUGCCAGUGCUACCCAAGGACCUGUCCCAAAAACUUCUGGAGGCGUCUUUGGAAGAACAGAGCCUGCCUGUGGAUGUAGGCGAGACUGGACCCCCACCCUCUGCUCAGCCGAAGCCUCAUGCCCCUGCUGGUCGCUUCAGUGGUGCAGAACCCAGGCCUGCAGCCAGAGUAGAGACUCUGAAGGAGGAGGUGCUCUCAGACUUACAGGUGUUCGAGCUGAACUCAGACAGCGGGAAGUCUACCCCAUCCAACAAUGGAAAGAAAGGCUCAAGCACAGAUAUCAGUGAGGACUGGGAGAAGGACUUUGACUUGGACAUGACUGAAGAAGAAGUACAGAUGGUACUUUCCAACAUGGAUGCCUCAGGGGAGCUGGAAGAUGCUGAGUGGGAGGACUGGGAAUGAGGGAAGCCAAACUGCUCCCUCCUACCCACAGCACCUCCCACCACCCUCACUCGUCUCAGACCAGCCCUGGAAGACACUGAGAAUGUUCCCCAAAUGGCCUCAACCACAGCUCUGGUCCCCAUUCCUGGGUUGAUUCUGGAUUGUCACAAUUUCUGGCCUCUGCUCACAUCUGUAAAUGGACUCACUAAAUCCAGACCAGAAACCCUGACUUGUGCCAACCAUAAGAUACUGAAGGGGAGAAUAUGUGCCCUUUCACCAGAAGAGCCUGCUGAAUACCCAUUGUUCUUGGAACAUUUUCUGGAAGUCCCAAAGGAAUAACUCUAGCCCUCUGCCUGUGUAGACUAAACCACCAGUGUCCUGAGAAAACCAAGAGAUGUACUGUCCAUCUAUGAGCAGACAAGGAGGGCAUGUCAUUUGCCCUUGGCUAGAGAGAUGGCAAGCUCAUCUCACCUUAUCCCUUCUGCGGGGUAAGAGGCACUCAGGGCUGGGUAUCCUCCCUUCCCUCCCAGCUAUUUUCCAUUCCUGGUAGGGUUUCUUAUGAUACAGACUCUAGAGACCAAACCCUGAGUUCCCACACCUUUCCAGCCCAGGCUUGUAUAUUCCCUAUACUUCCUAGGGCUUCUUCGUGUCAGACACACCCAAGUCCUUAGCCCAGCUGUGCCACCUGCAAGAGAUUGCUCUUGUAUUUCCUUCCCUCCCCACACAGGGAGGAGGCCACUUCUGGCCUUUCUGUGCAUUGCCCAGUAGGAUUCUUUGUCCAACCAGCUACCACCUCAACUCCCCUGUAGCCUAGGACACAAGCCGGCUUGAAGCGGUACAGAGCAGUGAUCAAAGCCGAGUACUUACAGCUCUGGUAACCCCACCUUCUCCCUCCGCCUCCGCCUUUCUACUUUCCGAAGGGACCCAGAAGUGGGGGAGCUUCCUAAGACUGGUCUGCAAAAGCUCUUCCUCCUGAAGACAGAGCAGCCUGUGGCUCUUGCACCCUCAGCUCUGGUAAAACUGCACCUCUCUGGGGGACUGAGGGGCUGCAGAGACCCUGGAGACCCUGGUGCUUCUGAUGCUGCUCUGGUGAUUCUUGUAUAUAAUCUGGUGUGUUCCCAUGAGUUAAAGGGAUGCUGAGAGAGGCAGUCAUUUCCAUGGCAGACCUUCAGCAAGGGCUGAGAUGGAAAAAAUGCUGAAUCUUUUUUUUUUUUUUUGAUGGGAUGGGUUUUUCCUCUUUAUAAUUAUUUCUUUGGUUUAAUCUUUUGGUUGUUUGUGCAAUAUUAUAUAUUUUAAAUUAUAAUGCAUCUUCCCAGAGUAUUUUGUAGCCAGGAAAAGAAAAAAAAAGGAAAAAUUCUAACAGCUGUUAGUUUUGUAAUUAAAAAAGAAAAAAGAACUUUGUCCUGAACCUUUUCCAGAUUUGCCAUUAACAGCAUUAAAGAAAUUCAAAAGAAAAAAAAAAAAAAAAGAA